AUGGAACCUAUGCGGCGUAACCGUCAUCGACGACGCAGCGACUGGACUGCAACUGAAGAGGGUAGCAGCAGUUCGCACCCUAGACGCCCUCGGUUGAGCCCUGAGCCGAGUACGAGUUUCGAACCGGCGGCUUCACUCCCUUCAUUUGCCGAAGGUGCCGCCGACGAAGAGACAGAACCCAGCCAAGUUGUUGACGAAGAGAUGGCAGAACCUAAUCACGCCGCUGGUAGUGAGACGGUAGAACUGGGACAAGGUGCCGUUGGGAACGUGGUAGAGCUAGUGGGCUUGGAACGCGUCUAUGAGGUUUUGGAACCUGUUGGAUUAGUACAUGGCGAUACAGCGCAGCUACAAGAAAUUCCCGAGCGCACUACUUUAAACCAGAAUGGUUGGAGAGAUGCCCCAGGAGUAGAAGUGACUGAAGCUGGUUCUUUGCCUCAUCAUUACACGCAUACUCUGCCAUCCGAUGCACUGGAAGCAGUGCGCGCAUGUUUACUGCGCGAAGUUGGAACAACAGAUUUCGCGUCUUCCCUCUAUGCAAUCGUAGCCAGGGGAGCAUCCUUGUCACAAGUAUCACUACAGGAGAAUUUGCUCUUGGCAAAGAUCAAAGAGCUUGAGGGGCAAGUAAACUCCCUCAAGCAGAUGUGCAAGCGCAAUGGCGCAGCGACUCACGAAACAUCGGGAACAAUUUUUGCCUACGAAAGUCUGAAAGGACAUCACGUGAUCAAAUAUGGUUCUCCAUUUAAGGAAGCAGUCCUGAACGAUAUUCUAAGGGCAUACGCCCCGACAAACAGAGUGAAACACAAAACAUGCCUUGUCAUCACGGAGUUCCUGCGCACAGUAUUCAAACAGAUUUGCGCACCGGAUCCAUCCGACAUUUGGAAUUAUGCUCAUCGGACUUCCAACAUAUCCCGCGAACAAGAUUUGAUCGACUUGCCGGAAUCUUUGAUUAUAACACUCACGGACUUUGUGCUGGAUGCACUGGAUCUAGGCUGGCGAGACCUGCAAGGGCACAGGCUUAAUGCUCUGAGAAGUUCUCGUGAUAGCUGGUGGCUAUCGUUAGGCGAAACUGACGACGAACGCGACAAAAAGUUCAACAGCCUCCUUGAGAAAAAGUCGUACUGGAGUACUCAAACUGGACUUUGCAUUUCCGAAGCGCUGUAA